AUGCCGGCAGCGAAGAAGGCACCGACGCCGAAGAGGCGCAAUACGCCGCUCACGUUUGACAGCAUACACCCACAGACGCAAGCUCUCUUCUUCACACUACCAGCAGAAUUACGCAAUGAGGUCUACACCCUCGUCCUUUCAAUCCAGACCAACGCAAAAGGCAAAGUCGAACUCCAGCGAGUGACGUGGCGUGAGCGCUCAGUCCUCUCCAUCAUGCGAACGUGCCGGUGGAUCUACACCGAGACACACGGCCUAUUCCACGCUCUACAUCACUUCACAUUCACCAUUGGGUCGGGAGCGACCGACGUGAUUCCAUCCGUCUUUAUCGCCAGUGAGAACGCUUCUCCGGUACACAAGUACGCGCUCGAGAAGGUCACCAUCGAAGUCGACGACCUAAAGGACUUCGAAUAUGUCUGCAGAGCACUUCGGUCUUGCACGAACCUCAAGGUACUGCGUCUGAGUCUGACCAAAACUUACUCUUCAAAGUACAAGACGUUGCAAAGCGACUUCGAUGAUCUCUGGGACGAUUUCCUGGACCGUCGUACUAGGCUACAGGCCGCGGCGAGGAACCUGCCCAAGAGUCUCAAGAGGGUUGGAGUGGAAGUGCGAUAUCGUGAGAUGUGGACUAGGCCUUGGCCGACUGCGACGGAAUUUGGAGAGGCCGGUAGUGAUCUCGCAAAGACUGUCGCUUCCUGGAUCGGGGGCGCAGUUAUGGCAGAGCGGCGUAGAGCGCAUGCCGGGGGGAGGCAACAGAUUGCAAGGUGA